AUGGACUCUGUGUUUUGGGCUCUAGAGGUUGCCGUGCGUUGGGUUCGUCUGAAGAUCUAUCAGUAUGAGGUCACAUUUGCCGUGUACAUGCUUACUCCCACCGAAAAAUUUAUCUUCAACUUCCUCCUCUUUUCCCUCAUCACGAUGCUUGUUACCGGCGCCUACGUCUACCUCCCCGAUCACGCCAGGGCAAUCUAUGGUCACCUUUACUACUACUGGGUCGGGGAGCGUCCUUUCAUUCCAACCGAUAUUCCGCUUGUAAGCUCGGGGCUCGAGACCGGCUCCCAGACCUUGGAGAUUAUGUACGAGACGGCGAAGAACGCGGCUACGACGAUAAUGAGACGCAUUGCCUGA